AUGAAGCGCAGCCGCAAAAGCCAGGAGGCAGCGUCUUCCAAGGCCGCGGCGAGGAUUGCAGAGGAGCAGAACCUCCUGCGGCUCACGACCGAGGGCCCCAGCAAUGUGGAUAGCAAGGACUUCUGCGGGGCCUUUGCCGCUCUGGGCCUCGACAACUCCUGGGACCCGGCGGCCUUCAAGAAGGGCUUCAAGAUCCAGAUCCACACGCUCACGGACGAGCACAUGGUGUUCGACAUGAUCGGCAUCGACCCUCCCUUGGCCAACGCCUUCAGGCGGAUCCUCAUCGCCGAAGUGCCCACUGUGGCCAUUAGCCGGGUGACCAUCUACCAGAACACUUCCGUGAUCCACGAUGAGAACCUGGCGCACAGGCUGGGUCUGGUGCCCAUCAAGUUUGAGCCGAACCUCCUGGAGGUCAAAACCUCGGACGCGGACUUCACGGAGAAGGACAGCAUUAUGUUCCAGCUCCAUGCUAAGUGCCCGCAAGGCCAAAAGAAGGUCUCGGUGUACUCCCGCGAUCUGCGAUGGAAGGAGCUCUCGGCAGACCAGCUCACCGCGCUUCAGGCAAUCUGA